AUGCCUUUCCGGCAGGGCUCUGCCCGGACGCGGCAGCGCACCGUCCUUCUGGUGGGGAUCGUGGUCCUGCUGGCCGCCCUCGUCCUCGCCGUCGUGCUGGCCUCUGUCCUGACUCGCGGAAAGCAAGAGGUCCGUCCCAAAAUGCUGAAGUGGAAGGACAGAGGCACCACUAAGAAUCUGCAAGAAGUCAUCCUGGGAAGAUGCUACAGCCACGUCAUGGCGCGGUACCCUCAGCUGGGAGAUAAGGAUUGCCUAAAAAUAUGGGAAUCAUUAAAACAUGCAUUCAUUUACAAGAAUCCCUGUAAUAUUACAUCAGAAGAUUAUCAGCCUUUAAUGGAGUUAGCGAGUCAUCCUAUACCCUGUAACAAGUCACUGUUUUGGAGCAAGACAAGUGACCUCGCUCAUCGUUAUACAAAAUCCAAUCAAAAUUUCCUUACCUUGGAGGACACCUUGUUGGGUUAUAUGGCUGAUAGGGUUUCAUGGUGUGGAGACCCCUCUGCCCCAGGAAUCAACUAUGAAUCUUGUCCAAAACGAAGUGAAUGUGAGAGCAACCCUAGCUCUGUAUUCUGGAAAAUGGCAUCCAAGAUGUUUGCAGAAGCAGCAUGUGGUGUGGUUCAAGUGAUGCUCAAUGGAUCAGUAGAAGUUGGAGCUUUCAGAAGCAGCAGCAUCUUUGGAAGUAUUGAGAUCUUUAACCUAAAUCCAGAUAAAGUCUCUGCAGUACACAUUUGGCUUAUGCAUGACAUCGGUGGACCUCAAAGUGAAUCCUGCUCAGGUCAUUCCAUAAAGAGGUUAAAAAGCAUCUUAGAAGAGCGAAACUUUAAGGUCACCUGUGAAGACAAUUACAGGCCAGUUCAGCUCCUUCAGUGUGUGCUCAAUCCUGACCACACAGACUGCAGACUUUGCACCAACACCACGGCAACUCCAUGAAAUGGAGUCCUCUGCACUACUGAAGACUUUCAUUAUUUGUGUGUAAAGCUGGAAAAGAUGUGGCUACAUAGCUUAGAGUGAUAAGUAGUAGCGUGGCGUGUACAGAGUCCAUAACCAGAAAUCCUUGCUGUGAUACUAACAGCCAAAUAGCAGGAGAUGAUACUUUAGGUGUGAUUACUGUACACACACACACACACAAACAUACUAUUUCAGAGGGGCCGGGGGCAUGUUCAGUGGUUGAGGGCAGAUGCUUUGCCCUCGUUUGCCCCCUCCUGUACAGCUCCCCUUGUGCCCAGAGGCUCAGAGCAGGGAUUCCCUGGGGCGUGCACAGAGAAGAAAGAGAUGUUCCAGCAGAGGCAGAACUUGCCUGGAUCAGCGCUCAGCUUCCUCCCCGCUGCAAGACUGGGUGGGAAAUGACUGGAGCAUGCUACGCUCUCCCUGCAUCCCAGUGCAACAUCCCCCAGAGGGGAACAUUGCCCAGUGGCACAUGGUAUAAAUCAUGUUUCUCCCAGGGACUGUGGCACCUCUGAGCAGGUAAAGCAAGCGAUGAAAGAGGCAGGGUGGUUGUUACCUUUUAAUGGGCAUCACAGUAAGUGGCUGGUGGGGAAACGGCUGAGCUGAACCAAGAAGAGACCAGAAACCAUUUGAGGGUUGCCAGCAUCUGUAAGAAUGGGUCAAGUGUGUAGCUGGGGAGAGAAAAUAGCAACUGACUCGGACAAGCCCAUUAAAAUGCUACUGGAAACACCGUUGCAGUUCAGAUUACGUUUUAGUCUUAAUAUAGCAGAAAGGGUAAGCCUUCCAACUUUCAUAAAAGGUCCCUCAGGCCACAGCUUGGCCAUCCGCUGGAAUAGAGACAAACGUCAAAACGUUGCCACAAUAAGGAGUCUCUCUUGACCUCUGUUUCUGAGGUGAAAGGUGAUGUCUUGCUGUGUAUAAUUCACAGGCAUGGACAUGCCAUAGUACACUGAAACAGCAGGUUUCAUUGAUUUCCUUUGAUUUGCAUUUUGCCGGUCUCAUACGCAUAUUCAAGUGCAGUGUUUAUAACAUAAUAAAGAUCUGAGGUCAGCUUGUGGCCUCGGCUGUAGUGCCUUUGUGCAGUGCCAUUGACACAUUUGCUAAUGAUAUACUCCUAGGUGUUGCAGUGCCAGCAUAACCAGCAAUUCCCAAUUCAUUAGGCAGACCUAGGUUUCCAUGAUCCCACAGGCAGAAAGUUACAAUGCCAUAUGUUUUAGUGACUACCCAGAGUGUGAAGCACCCUUAUGGAACUAUACAAGCUGGUGUAGUUUUGAGCAUCUCUAGAUAAACCUUUGCUCUGCAAACACAGGCCUGCACUGAGCAUAGCUGGACCACACCCAAGACCUCGCCCAUAAUGCUUACAUUAAGUGAAACGUAUUUUUAUUUGUACUCUGUUAUGUAACUACUUAGGUGCAGCAACGCAGACACGUACCAACACUUUCAAGUAGGUUUUAUCUGACUAUAGGUCAAGACUUUGUCUUCAUGCUCAUUUUUGUACCUCUUCUGUUGUAAUAUAAAAUGUUGACUGUAAAAUCGAGAUAUAUAAUAAAAUUGCUGAUGG